AACUUAGCAAUCGACAAUAACAGCCAUUGAGGAGAAGGCAGCACGCACUGUUCAUCCGGGUCUGCCGCUAUAUUAGGGCGAGCCGGGUGCCCCACAGGACAGAAGGAGGUAGCAGGCAGCACCCACACCACGAUGACCGGUCCAGCUGUCUACCUCGUAUUGUCAGUUGCCGUGGGAGUCUCCCUCGCUGCAGACCUUACCCUGUCUCCCGGUGCCGAUGGAAAGAUCGUUGUCGACGCCGUCAUUGAUAGAAUCAGAUCAAAAUGCAUUUUCGGGGACGACCGUCUGUUCCUGCGACGUCUUGCUUACGUGGAGACGUCUGACGGGGAAGAGUCCAGAACUUACCGUCCAGGUUACAACGGUGGCAUAUGGCAGAUCGACGAAGACAAAUUCAAUCUGACUCAGUCCUGUUCGCAGUACAUCCGGGCACAAUGUGACAUCAUCCAAUCAGAGUUUAAUAUUAACUGGCGCAAUGCAACAUGGGAAGAUCUCAGGAAGCCGUUGUAUUCUGGUCUGGCAGCCUCUCUGUACAUUAAAUAUCGAUCCGGGAGCCAUGAUACACCGGCCAACGUCACCUCGCAAGCCACCUUCUGGAAACGAUACAUGCGCAGUGGGGGAGAUACCUCGGCAUUUACUACAAAAGCCAGGAAUUUGCCAGGGAUGGAUUGUAAGACGGAGAUGGACCUGGCCUUCAUCGUUGACGGGUCUGGAAGCGUCUCUUCCACCGACUACGACCGGAUGUUGACUUUCAUUAAUGACGUCAUAGAUAGUCUGAACAUAAAUGAAGAUGAAAUCCAAGUGUCUGCCCUGGAAUUCUCCACUACUGUUGGAGAUAUGAUCACGUUCAACAGCUUCACCACUAAGGCAGCCCUGAAGUCGUCCAUCUUGCGAAUGAGGAAAGGAAACAGUGGAACGGCAACUCAUCUCGCCAUCCAGGAGGCAGGUGACACCCUGUUCAACACGUCGACAGGUGCCCGGCCAAACGCCAAGAGAGUGGCCAUUCUGCUGACCGACGGCGCGUCCAGCUAUCGCAACUACACUGUAUUUGCCGCCCAGAAAGCCAGGGACCUGGGCCACGUUCUUCUCUCCGUUGGCGUGGGCAGCAUCAAUGAAGUGGAGCUGGCCAGUAUCGCCAGUAAACCUAACUGUACCCAUGUAUUUGUCCUCAACAACUUCCUGGAGAUCGACUCUCUGCUGUAUCAGCUGAAGGAGUAGUAGUAGUAUAUACACGGGGGGUACGAGAUCAAGUCCAACAAAAGACUCUGUAAAGCUUCAUUUAUGA